UCAACGAGAACGGCCAUCUUCUCUCUCCGGUCUUGAGAAGACAAGUGUUACAACAGAUAUGGCUGACUAUUCGAACGUGGCUCCGCCGUCGGGAAAUGGCGCCGGAAUGAACGACGCUUUUAAAGACGCACUUCAGCGAGCUAGACAGAUCGCCGCUAAGAUUGGUGGUGACGGCGUUCCCGCAGCGCCCUCGGGUAAUGAGUUUGGCUACGGAGGCCAGAAGCGACCCCUAGAAGACGCCGAUGACUGUUGGACCAGUCUAAACAGUAGAACCCACCAGGAAGGGAUGAACUCUCCUUUCUCAGACCAACCAGAGACCAAGAAGGUGGCACCGAAUGACCCGUUCUCAGCAGCGAUGGGAAUGGGAGGUGGUGGAAUGGGAGGUGGUGGACCACGGUCAUCUUCAGAGGAGUUCAAGGUUCCUGACGGGAUGGUUGGAUUCAUUAUUGGAAGAGGAGGAGAACAGAUAUCCCGCAUGCAGCAAGAGUCGGGAUGCAAAAUCCAGAUCGCCCCCGACAGUGGAGGAAUGCCUGAUAGGUCAGUCACACUGACAGGAUCCGCAGACUCAAUACAAGCUGCCAAGAGGCUGCUGACGGAGAUCGUUGAUAAGGGUCGUCCUACUCCAGCCUUCCACCACAACGACGCCGGUGGCCCCGGUAUGUCUGUCCAGGAGAUGCUGGUCCCUGCCUCCAAGGCUGGCCUGGUCAUCGGGAAGGGAGGAGAGACCAUCAAACAGCUGCAGGAGAGGGCCGGGGUCAAGAUGGUCAUGAUCCAGGAAGGGCCUCAGAACACAGGAGCGGACAAACCUCUACGCAUCUCUGGGGAACCUUUUAAAGUCCAGCAAGCCAAAGACAUGGUGAUGGAGCUGAUCAGAGAGCAGGGCUUCAGGGAGCAGAGAGGAGAGUACGGCUCCAGGAUGGGCGGAGGAGGAGGAGGUGAGGGCCUGGAUGUUCCUGUCCCCAGGUUCGCGGUAGGAAUCGUGAUCGGGAGAAACGGAGAGAUGAUCAAGAAGAUCCAGAGCGACACAGGAGUCAGGAUCCAGUUCAAACCAGACGACGGCAGUACCCCGGAGAGGAUAGCCCAGAUCGUGGGUCCUCCUGAACAGUCCCAGCAUGCAGCAGAGAUCAUCUCUGACCUUCUGAGGAGUGUCCAGCAGGGGGGGCCGGGCGGUCCUAACGGAGGGGGCAGGGGUAGAGGCAGGGGGGGUAACGGGGGUGGUAACUGGAACAUGGGUCCUCCGGGAGGAUUGCAGGAGUUCACCUUCACCGUCCCGACCAUGAAGACUGGACUCAUCAUCGGCAAAGGAGGAGAGACCAUCAAGGGCAUCAGUCAGCAGUCUGGAGCUCGUAUUGAGCUCCAGAGAAAUCCUCCCCCCAACUCCGACCCCAACAUUAAGAUGUUCACCGUCCGAGGAUCUCAUCAACAGAUAGACUACGCACGGCAGCUGGUCGAGGAGAAGAUCGGGGGUCCAGUCAGUCCAAUGGGUGGUCCCCAAGGUCCUCCAGGCCCCCACGGAGGUCCGUCUCCCCACGGCCCCCCCGGUCCUCCUGGGCACCCUGCUCAGAUGGGCCCCUACAACCCCGGCCCCUACAACCAGGGACCGCCCGGACCACAUGGUCCUCCGGCUCCCUACCAGCCUCAGGGUUGGGGCAACGGCUUCCCUCACUGGCAGCAAGGACAGCCUGAUCCUGGUAAAGCUGCAGCUGAUGCCAAUGCAGCGGCCUGGGCAGCGUAUUACUCCCAGUACCAGCAGCAACCCCAGGCCCCCAUGACGCCCACCGGCGGUGCCCCUGGCACCACACAGGCCAACGGGCAAGGUGACCCCAAGGGACCUGGGCAUACUGGGCAGGCCGAUUACUCCAAGGCCUGGGAGGAAUAUUACAAGAAAAUGGGGCAGCAAAGUCAGCAACCACAGGACUACACCAAGGCCUGGGAGGAAUACUAUAAGAAACAAGGUCAAGCGGCCCCUCAGGCGGGAGCAGCGCCAGGUGGUCAGCCAGCCGGUCAGCCAGCCGGUCAGCCGGACUACAGUGCUGCCUGGGCAGAGUACUACCGUCAGCAGGCUGCUUACUACGGACAGGGCAGCCCACAGGCCAUGGGGGCCCAGCCGCAAGCACCUCAGGGCCAGUAAUGUGAAGUGGACAUAAAGUAAAUGCGACAUUGUGGAAACAAAAACCCCUUUGUUAAAUGUGUUGGAUGGUGCAGAUGCCUUGAAGAUCUUAAUUUCCCCCUUUGGUUGGUUUUGUUUUCCAAGUGUUUCACAAGAAUGUGAUGGCAGCAGUCUACCCGGAGACACAAAACCCUUCAUCCUUUUUUUGUUUUUUUCUACUUUUUUUUUUUCCCCUCCUUGUAAAAUGAACGGUUUUGGGUUUUUAGUGAGGUAAUUAUAUGUUCAUUCCAGCUCCAUGUAUCUUCAUGCUAUGUGGUUCAAGAGCUCCUGUUAUUUAGCUAGUUCACCGUGGAAAAUCAUCUCCGUUUUUAAGUAAUAUGCCUGUUGUGUUUUGCAAUAAAACUAAGUGAAACCUCCUGUGUUGGUAAGUUGGGUUGGUAAUAGCUAUUACAAUAUGGACUUCAAAUCGUGUACUUUUUUGUUUUUGUUUUACAAUGUUCAGUUUCUCUCCAACUCUACACAGCUCCUGGUACCUUAGUACAAUGUUUUUAGAUGUGUCCUUUGCUCUGCCUUUUUGGCUGGGGGGGGGGGGGGUCCAGUUUCGGUGUUCCCCAAGGUUCUGUUUUAGGACCACUAAUUGAAUAGAAUAAUUUACCUGUCUUUACUCUUGGUUAUAUUCGUCUUUGUUUUUCCCCUACCUCUCCGCCUGUAUUGUAGGUCUAGACCGAUGUUUCUUAUACCAUAAUGUAGUAUUAGUGGCAUAAUGUUAUGAUACAUCUGGACUCAUGCAUUACCCGAAGUGUUUGGUUGUUUUGGCAUCUCUGUCAAACAACUGAUCGAAUCUUGUCUGUUGUGUUGACUGGCUGUGAAAUGGUACCCUAUUUCCUGUUUAGUGCACAAGGCUCCCUUAAAAGUAGUGCUCUAUAUAGGGAAUAGGGUGUCGCCAUUGGAGACAUCCUGAAACAGACUUUGUUGAGGUAACGUUAGUGUGCUGCAUUGUUUUCAUAUUAAGAGUAACUUCCUCCUUCACAGCCAAGCUUAGUCAAGCGGUAAGCAAAGCAAGUGUGUGUAUAUAUAUAUAUAUAUAUAUAUGGAGAGAAAAAUAAUUAAAUCCGAAAUGUUCCUCAGAAAAUGUGACUCACUGUCGAAAUGUUGCUUUAGUUUAUUAUAGGUAUGUUUUUGCUGUUCCCUGUGUCUCUUCCAGGACAGGUAAACUGACGUUCUGUUCUGCUGUAUUGCAUUGCAUUCAAACGUUUGUUUCUCACCCCCCCCCCCUCCCUAAAAUGUAUACAUUUCCUGGCCUUUUGAUACUAUAAAAGAACGUGACAUGCAAAAGUCGUAUUUUUAUUUUUGCUCUGCCCAUGCAUUGUUCUGUUAGUUUACCCAACGGAAGGAACGUAGGUUGUCUGUAGGGCCGAGGGGUGGUCUGAGCUGGUCUGAGCGGUACCAUCAGCCAACAGGGUUGACCUCUGACCUCCUACUCUGUAAGUACAAUACUGUGACUAUAUAUAACAAACCCAGUUAUUUUCUGGCUGUCAAUGUAUUUCUUUGACUGAUGAUUACAAAACUUAUUGUUUCUGUCAAAUUGCAUAUUAUUUUUUUCCUUAAAAAAAAAAAAAAAUACUGGGUAAGUAUCAAAAGUUAUGAUAAAGUACAGUAUCUUGGAAUUGUCAUUUAGAAAUUAUAACCGUUUAACCAUUUGGACAUAGAUUACAUUGAAUAUGGCAUUGUAGUUCAAUCUAGGCUCUGUUUUUUUUUAGGUAGGAAAGUGUCCUGUCAUAAUACCAGUCGGAAUGUUCUGUUGGAACUCUGAACUGAAGGUUCUGUUUCCUUGCGAUGCAGAAUGCUUUUGCGCAGUGGUUCAUUUAAGAAUGUCAGGAAUCGUUAACGUGCUUCAUUUUUAGAUAACAACAAUCCGUUUUUUCCCAAGUGCCAUUGCCUAGCCAGAGUAGAGAUGUAAUUAUGAAUUUAUUUCAUCAAUAUUUGAAAAAGAAAAUGCCAUUUGAUAAGUCUCAAGAAUUUAGUUACUAUUAGAGAUGCAUAUUUUGUUCACUGCAGUAAUGGUGUGAUUCAGUCUGAAAUGUUCUAGCUUUCCCCCCCCCCCCAUAGUAGCAUUUUGAAGUUGUUUCUAUGCUGUUUAUCGAUGUCUCCAGCAUGUUGGGUUGUCAUUCAGUAGAAUGUUCUAAAAGUGCUUCUGAUUUCUAAGUGAUACAGUUAUUCCAUGGACGUUUCCCAUUCUAUUGCUUUUGAGUACUGUUCUGAAACACAACCUAUAAGGCUGUUUUGAACUGAAAUGAGUGGCAAACGGUGCAAAUAUCAUAUGUGUGAUCUUUGCAGUAUCACUGUCAUCCCAGACCUCGAUCCCCUUAGGUUCUGCUGCGGUCACACAGGUAAGCGACCCUAAGGAAAACAGCUGUGUUCUGACCUAUCAUAUACAGGAUAUAUAUUUACACCCAGAUGGGGAUCCGUUUUAUACUCACUUGAAUUUGCCUGAUUUUAUAUUUCUGCUUAUCUGUGCUGUGUAGUAACACCAGCUGUGCUCCUGAUAUUAAUGAGUCAUGUCCAGGUAGGAUUCGUAGUGAUAUCAAACAGCUGUUUUUUGUUUGUUCAUAGAGUAUAUUGAUGAUAGUGCUGUGAUUUGAUGGUGAUGAAUGAUUUGCAUGGUUUCAACAUGAGUCGUAUGGUUUGUUAAGGAGCGGCAACGUUUUUUCUCCCUCUUAGGCCAAUUGCAAUGUGGUUUGAUGGCUUUUCCCACCUGACUUAUCGUAGUACAAUUUUGCAACAAAAAAAAAGUUCUCUCUCUCUCUCUCUCUCUCUACAUGCUGUUUUACGUUCUCGUUUUCUGAGGUCAUUUUGUUAUUGAUAUAAACUAUCAUGAGGCAUAUUAUAACCCAUAACUUGGUAAGUCUCUGCAGUGUGAUCUUUGAUGCAUAGAGCUCGAGCCCUGUACUUUAACAUUACUAUAAAACUGCAAACAGGCAACUCGGUCUGUCAUAAAGCCCUAUGUGCAUAUAUAUAUAUAUGCGUACGUAUUAGUAAGUCUACAAACGUUUAUGAAAGUACACCUGCAUAUGAUGCUCUCAAUGCUGUUCAACUGACUCAUUGGUGUUGACUGAAAGCUGUGAACUUGAAUAUGCAUUCUAUCUUGCCGCUGCCACGACGCUUGUAAUGGUGUUCUCAUAAAACCCUGCUGCCUGCCUCCCUCCACCUCUCACUCAGAUGCUGUUGGAAGCCAGCGUAGGUUCUAGAUUCAGGAACAGGAACCUGUAAGUUUGUCCCUACCGUAAAGGAGACUGCUCUGAGAGGCAUCCUUUGAGGCUGAUGAUCAAGGUGUAGGUGACCAUUCGAGAGCGAGCUCCAGAUAAGGUAAACAAAAGCAAUGAAAUACAGAAUUGUGUGAUUUGCUCAAGUUUACCAUGCUGUUUGCUAGUUAAGGGCUGUAUUUUUAGUCCAGGUUUCCCCCUCGUUAUAUAAAUUGAAAAAGGUAACCUGUCGUAGAAUUAUUGCAAGUUGUCUUAACUGAACUGAUGUCUAGUGUUUCUCCACAUGUUUUCAUGAUGAUUCUAUUGAAUGCCUUCCUUUGCCUGCUCACCCGUUGGGUUGUGUCCCAAAUAGAACCCUAUUCCAUACAGUGCCCUGUAGGCUCUGGUCUAAAGUAGUGUACUAGAAAUGCCAUGGGGUUCCAUUUGGGAUGUAGCCACUGUCAUAACUAGGCCUUGUUGCAUAGUUGAAGUCACCAAUGCUUGUCAUCAGGAUUCUGAAGUGUCCCCCAUUUUAGGUUGCAAAUGCUCCUAGAUAUUUUGUUGUGCGACCUGACGGGUUUUAUUUUGGGUGCACCAGUGUGAGUGACCAGGUAAAUAAUCGCCCAGAUAAUACUGGUCAUUAAAAAAAAAAAAAAAUGGACCUCUUUAUUUAACUAGGCAAGUAAGUUCAUUAAGAACAAAAAUAUAUAUAUUUACAAUGACGGUCUAACCCAAUGGGAGUCGCAUAGGGCGCCGCAUUAAUCACGGCAGGUUGUGGUACAGCCUGGAAACGAACCAGGGUCUGUAGUGACGAGAUGCAGUGCCUUAGGCCGCUGCGCCCCUCGGAAGCUCUAAACUGGCCAGUUGUUUCAGAGUGCCCUGGAGAAAGCAAGCUCAGAUUCAUACCAUCUAAAGCCUACAUCAGUGAUUUCUAUUUCUUGCCAAUUUCUGACGACCUAACGGCAUGGCUGUCGGCUGCUUUGUGUAGCCAGGUAGAUGCCCAAAUAGUAAUUUCUAAAUUUCCCAAUAACUUUACACAUUAAAUGUUAACUGCAACGUAGGCCUAACUGGCAUCGUUAUAUAAUGUCAGGGUCUUCUGUUUUGCGAACUCUGCUAUAGCAUACAGUACAGUAGACACCGCCAGCCAAAACCCUUUUCAGGUGCGCAAUUUUAAAUUAUUAAGGCAAACUAUACAUAUUUUCUUCCCCAGACUACUUAAGUGGGCUCCUGAUCUAGUGUAAGCAUCGCUGUGGACUUAGAAUAUCCUAUUUAUGUUUGUGAUUGAGUGAACCUUAUCAAAUAAAAAGGGGGGAGAUCCCACACAAGAGGUAAAGAUUUUGGUGUCAUGGCAAAUGUAUUGGCUAGUAAAAAAUAAAAACAUAAGAGGUGUACAUUUUUUUUUUUUUGGGUGGAUAACUUUUUUAGGCCCUGUUCAUAAACCAGGUCGUGGGUCGUUCCAAAGCUGCUCACUGGCGUUUUAAAAAAUUUUUUAUUUUGUAUUUUUGUUUAGUCAUGUUACCUCAACCUAGCUAGCUAACAACCUGGUUACUUUACCAGUAUAUCAAACAUCUGGGGGCACAGAGGGAGAGGGAAGGGUUAGCUUCUUCAGGAGAUCAUUGAAUGAAUGAGUGACUUGCAUGUCUCAUCACGAACUUGAUGCUCUUAAAGAGACAGUGUAGAAUUGAAAUAAUCUCAAUAGGUAGUGCUUUGACACAAUGUCGAAACCUAGUAUAUAAUUUCAAUGGAAGGUUUUAAAAUCAACAUUUUCUUUCUUACAGGGUUUAAUAUUAGUUUCUAGAGCUCAACAAUGUGCUUCAAAAGUAGCUUAAAUGAAUUUAAAGCCCAUUAUGCUUCCUCAAACAAAAAAAUACAAAAUAUCCUGGUGUGCCUAGAUCAUAUUAAGUUAGGAGCACCAGUGCUACCACUGUUAAUUUAGACCUCGGCUAGAGAGAGUUAGAUGAGAUGUAACCAGGAACUGCUGCUUUUGUGUUUUUCAACCAUUAUGGCAGGAAAUUGUAGUUGGCUAUUCUAGUUUUCACUUCAUUCAUGAGAACCCACAUACCUCUGCUAGUGAUUUUGCGAUUCACGUUUUUUUUUCGCCAUAAAUUAGUGUAAUCUGUGUGUUAGAUGCUCUAUCAUCUCUGAGCAAAGUGUUUCAAGGAGUUUGGGGGCUAGGUGUCGUCUAGAAGACUAAAUCAGAAGGGAGAAAUAUGGAGCAUGCCUUAGAGGUAAACCAAUUGAAACAUGUUUCUUGUGAUGCCUUAAUAUUAUCAAAUGUACCUUUUUUUGGUUUUGUUUCCUGUCUUUAUGAAAUCACUGUUCUGCAUAUUUGUUGCCCUGUCCAGUAAUAAAGUUGUAACAUUUA